UUGUUUGUAUCCAUAUGCAAUCCUCUCUAGUUUUGUUCUUCUGUUAAAGGAUGAAUAUCAAUAACAUUCUUUUCUGGCUUCUACUCCCAUACUUCAUCUUAGCUUCUUCUUCCUCUUCCUCUUUCUGCAACCACCAUGACACCUCUGCCUUACUACUUUUCAAAAACUCAUUUACUCUCAACACUUCACUUUAUAAUUCACUUUAUUAUUAUAGUCCUUGGCUUCAUGAUUCCAGUUUUUAUUCAAAGACAGAAUCAUGGAAAAACGGAACAGAUUGUUGUGAGUGGGAGGGGGUCACGUGCGACACCAUCUCAGGUCACGUGAUUGGUCUUGACCUUAGCUUCAGUAAUCUUCAAGGUCAACUCCAUCCCAACAGCACCAUCUUCAGCCUAAGACACCUUCAACAACUCGACCUAUCCCUUAAUGAUUUUUCAGGCUCUUCAUUAUCUUCUGCAAUUGGUGAUCUCGUCAAUCUCAUGCAUCUAAAUUUGUUAUACUCUCAAAUCAGUGGUGACAUUCCAUCCACAAUCUCUCAUUUGUCCAAAUUACUGUCACUUCAACUCGGUGGCGACCAGAGAAUGAGAGUUGAUCCAUACACAUGGACAAAACUCAUUCAAAACGCAACUAAUUUAAGAGAGCUUUAUUUAGAGGGCGUGGACAUGUCUUCUAUCGGAGGCAGCUCUUUGUCAUUGCUAACCAAUCUGUCUUCCUCUCUCAUCUCUCUUAUUCUUGGAGACACCAAAUUGCAAGGGAAUCUAUCGAGUGACAUCCUCUCUUUACCCAAUCUUCAAACACUAUCUUUGAGUGAUAAUGAAGACCUGGGAGGUGAACUUCCAAAGUCCAACUGGAGUACUCCACUAAGCGACUUGUGUCUCUCUCAUACCGCUUUCUCGGGAAACAUUCCCGAUUCCAUUGGCCAUUUGAAAUCUCUUAAAGGACUAUAUAUGGGGAGUUGCAAUUUUGAUGGACUGAUUCCCUCAUCAUUGUUUAAUCUAACUCAACUCUCCAGUAUAGAUCUAUCGAUUAAUAAAUUAGUUGGCCCCAUUCCAUAUUGGUGUUAUUCUUUGCCUUCCUUGUUCGAGUUGUAUCUUAGCAACAACUACCUCACGGGGUCAAUUGGUGAAUUCUCAUCUUAUUCUUUGAAAUACUUGUCACUCUCUAAUAACAAACUGCAAGGUAAUUUUCCAAAUUCAAUAUUUGAACUCCAAAAUCUUACUCAUUUGUGGUUGUCAUCAACUGACUUGAGUGGUCAUCUGGACUUUCAUCAAUUUUCAAAGUUCAAAAAUCUAAAUUACCUCGAUCUUUCUCAAAAUAGUCUUCUCUCUAUUAACUUUGAUAGUACCGCUGACUAUUAUCAAUUUGCAAAGUUCAAAAAUCUAAAGUACCUCGAUCUUUCUCAGAAUAGUCUUCUCUCUAUUAACUUUGAUAGUACCGCUGACUAUUUCUUACCCCCCAUCCUUCAAUCCUUAUAUUUAUCUUCCUGUAAUAUUAAUAGUUUCCCUAAAUUCAUAGCACCACUUCAAAAUCUUAUCCAACUAGAUCUUUCUCAUAACAGCAUUCGUGGAAGCAUUCCCCAGUGGUUUCAUGAGAAGCUCUUGCACUCCUGGAAUAACAUUAGUUAUAUUGACCUCAGUUUCAACAAGUUGCAAGGAGAUCUCCCAAUUCCACCCAAUGGAAUUGAAUACUUUUUAGUCUCAAAUAAUGAGCUGGCCGGGAACAUUCCUUCAGCAAUGUGCAAUGCAAGCUCCCUCAAAAUACUCAACUUGGCUCAAAACAACUUGACAGGCCACAUUCCACAAUGUCUCGAAACAUUUCCUUCUCUUUGGGCAUUGGAUUUGCAAAAGAACAACCUUUACGGAAACAUACCUGCGAACUUUUCUAAGGGAAAUGCAUUGGAGACUAUAAAGUUGAAUGGCAACCAAUUGGACGGACAAUUACCUCGGUGUUUGGCCCACUGCACAAAUUUGGAAGUUUUGGACCUGGCAGACAAUAACAUAGAGGAUACAUUUCCCCAUUGGCUAGAAAGCCUCCAGGAGUUACAGGUACUCAGUUUGCGAUCAAAUAAGUUUCAUGGUGUCAUCACUUGUUUCGGUGCCAAGCAUCCAUUUCCCAGGCUCAGAAUUUUUGAUGUGUCAAAUAACAAUUUUAGUGGGCCCUUGCCAGCAUCAUACAUCAAGAACUUCCAAGGAAUGGUGAGUGUGAAUGACAGCCAAACUGGUUUGAAAUAUAUGGGUAACGACAGUAGCUAUAAUGAUUCAGUAGUGGUAGUAAUGAAAGGUCAAUACAAGGAGCUAAAGAGGAUAUUAACUAUUUUCACAACCAUUGAUUUAUCAAAUAACAUGUUUGAAGGAGAACUUCCGAAAGUCAUUGGAGAAUUGCAUUCUCUCACAGGGCUUAACCUUUCGCACAAUGCAAUCACUGGUACCAUUCCACGAUCCUUGGGUUAUUUAAGAAAUUUGGAAUGGUUGGACCUCUCGUGGAACCAGUUGAAAGGAGAGAUUCCAGUGGCUUUGAUCAAUUUGAAUUUUCUGGCUAUGUUGAACCUUUCACAAAACCAGUUUGAGGGUAUCAUACCUAUAGGUGGACAAUUUAACACAUUUGGAAAUGAUUCCUAUGCUGGAAAUCCAAUGCUAUGUGGAUUCCCUUUGUCAAAAUCCUGCAAUAAGGAUGAAGAUUGGCCACCACAUUCAACAUUUCAGCUUGAAGAAUCAGGAUUUGGCUGGAAAGCUGUAGCAGUGGGAUAUGCAUGUGGGUUUCUAUUUGGAAUGCUUUUGGGAUAUAAUGUUUUCAUGACUGGCAAACCACAAUGGCUCGGGAGACUUGUUGAAGGUGUGCUUAAUUAAUGAAGAGUGGGAAGGACAAUUCAUAGGGGAAGGAAAUAGUUUAUCCUUAGUUUAAUAUGGUUUUUUGUGUGUGUCUGUAUGUUUUUUGUAAUUUUAACUUGUGUCCUUUGUGUAACAAAUCUUAUCUCUCUUGACUCGAGUGAUGUAUUUCAAGUUGUUUACAAAUAAGAAAAAAAUGUGAUGAUCGUAGAUAUCAAAAUGAGUGCAUGGUCAUCCCAUGUGAUGAUAUUGACCCAAAAA